CACAUUUCGUUACGAGUUAAUUAUCAGGAAUUUGACAUAAAGGUAACGUUAUGCUUUGUUUGCACAAAUUCUUCAUUCUGCUUAGUAUUCUUGUAUCGGUCUUCCGUUUGGUUAGUAUAUUUCCAUCUAUCCACCGAUCACAACUUAUCCGCUUUAAUAGAAGAUUUUUGCAGUGAAAAUGUCACCAAAAAAAUUGUUUGCUGUUUUUCUGCUGAUUCUUAUCAAUUGUUCGUUGCAUUUAACGUAUGGAUUAGUUUGUGAAGGCUGCUUGGAAUUGGAUGAAAUAACCUUUGAUAAAAUAUUGGCCAAGUUUUCAACAGUUUUGGUAAAAUUCGAUAUCGCAUUUCCAUAUGGAAAGAAGCAUGAUGAAUAUGCUAAAUUUGCUAAAGAAAUCAACAAAAUGAGCUAUGACGAUCUAAUCGUAUCCGUAGUUGGAAUUAAAAACUACGGUCAAACCACCAACAAUAAGUUGGCGGAACGAUUUAACGUCAAUGAUCAAUUGCCCGAAAUUAAACUGUUCACGAAUGGGAACGCUUUGAAGUGGAUCGAUUUUCCAAAAGACGCAAACAUUACAACAGAAAAUUUGCAACAGUUUCUUCGGCGAAAAUCUAACGUGAAAAUUAUACUUCCCGAAUGCUUAAAACAAUUCGAUGAAUAUGCGGCCAAAUUCGUGAAAACAGUACAGCUUACGUCGACGACCUUAUCAACGUCGACGCCUAAAGGAGCUGAAGCGAUCGUGAACGAAGCGAGCCGUGAAGCAACAAAAUUAGAAACUAAGCAUCAACAACAAAUUGCACAGAUCUAUUUGCUAAUCAUGCGGCGCAUACUAGAAAGAAAUAUCAGUUUUAUUGGAGCAGAACGAUCGCGACUGCAAAAAGUGUUAGAUGGAAAAAUCAGCGAUCAAAAGAGAAAGGAAAUCAAUCAAAAGUUAAAUAUACUAUCAGCAUUCGAUGUAAUUGAAAGGGCAGAGCCACAUACUGAGCUUUGAAUUGCGAUUUUCACACCCAUGCCUAUUAGUUUAACUGCUUAUGAUCAAAUGUUUGAUGCCUACAAUCAAAGCCAAUGAUACGACCAAAUCAAAUCAAAUCAAAUCAAAUAAUAAAAUAAUACAUAAAAUUCACAAAAUAAACAUCCCAGUUUUUCUACUAUUUAUAAACUAAAAGUUAUAGUUCAAAUUGAAA